UGCUGCUGCUGCUGCUGCUGCUGCUCGUCUCGCGGAGGAGGCAGCGGCGGCAGCGGACCGCACACCGCCGCCAGUACGAUGCCGCGAGCGCGCCCGUACAAGAGAACGAGACAUCUGGAGCCGACGAGACGACGAGUGUGCAAGCUCGGUGCGGUCGAGCGACGUCGUAGCUAGUCAUCACGCCUCAGCGGGUGUGUGCUGAGUAGCCGCCUGGUGCCCUCGUGUUCUAACUAAUCAGCGACGAGGAGAGGAGGAGGAGGAGGUGGAGGAGGACUGGGAGGAAAAAAUGAGCCGCAGCGCCGAUGCCCCGCGCUCCCCCGGCCGAAUUUGAAAUUCAAACGGAAGCCGAAAUCGCGAGCGGUGCGUGUGUCGCAGCGAUGGCCGGUGGCGAAUGAGGAGCGAGUCGGCGGGCGAGAGAAUGGCCGGCGGCGCGCCGAGAGCAGCAGCAGCCAGUCCAGCGCUGGGCCAGCCCCGAUCGCGGUACGCCAGAUGACGACAGUCCUCGACGAGCAGCCCGAGAAGACGACGCAGACGACUGGAGCGGAAGGGCGCGAGGAUGCGAGCGAUCGUCGAGCGCGCCGCUGCGGAGGCCGACUCGAGUUUGAAUUUCCCGCCGGCCCGGAUGGUGACGGGAGUGUGCGCAGGCGACAGUGCGUGAGAGGGAGAUAGAUAGAUAGAUAGAUAGAUAGAGAGAGAGAGAGAGAGAGAGAGAGAGAGAGAGAGAGAGAGAGAGAGAGAGAGAGAGAGAGAGAGAGAGAGAGAGAGAGAGUCGAAGAUGUUGGACAUAUUCCGCGGCCUCAAGAGCCUCAUCAAAAUCUCGCACAUCCACAUCGACACGGCCGUCUUCCGCCUGCACUACAGCCUGACCGUAAUCCUGCUGAUCGCGUUCUCGCUGAUAGUGACGACGCGCCAGUACGUGGGCAAUCCGAUCGACUGCAUCCACAGCAAGGAUCUGCCCGAGGACGUGCUCAACACCUACUGCUGGAUACACAGCACCUACACCAUCACCGCCGCCUACAAGAAGAAGGAGGGCUACGAGGUGCCCUUUCCCGGAGUCGACAACUCCAGGGCGUACCCCGACAGCGAGCGCAAGGAGUACAGGUACUACCAGUGGGUCUGCUUCAUGCUCUUCCUCCAGGCGAUCCUGUUCUACACGCCGCGCUGGCUGUGGAAGGGCUGGGAGGGCGGCAAGAUCCACGCUCUCAUGAUGGACCUCGACAUCGGGCUCUGCUCCGAGGUCGAGAAGAAGCAGAAGAAGAAGAUGCUCCUCGACUAUCUCUGGGAGAAUCUGCGCUUCCACAACUGGUGGGCGUACAGGUACUACCUCUGCGAGGUGCUCGCCCUCCUGAACGUCAUCGGCCAGAUGUUCCUGAUGAACCGUUUCUUCGACGGCGCAUUCCUGACCUUCGGGAUCGACGUGCUGCGCUUCCUCGAGUCCGACCAGGAGGACCGCGUCGACCCGAUGAUCUACGUCUUCCCCCGCAUGACCAAGUGCACGUUCUACAAGUACGGCGUGAGCGGCGAGGUCGAGCGGCACGACGCCGUCUGCAUACUGCCCCUCAACGUCGUCAACGAGAAGAUCUACGUGUUCCUCUGGUUCUGGUUCCUCUUUCUCGGCGUGCUCAGCCUCUUGACCGUCAUUUACAGGGUCAUCAUCAUAUUUUCACCCCGGACGAGGGUCUACCUGCUCCGGCUGAGGUUUCGCCUGGUGCGCCGCGAGGCCGUCGAGACGAUAGUGAGGCGCAGUAAGGUCGGCGACUGGUUCCUGCUCUACAUGCUCGGCGAGAACCUCGACACGGUCAUCUACAGGGACGUGAUGCACGAGCUGGCCAACAGGCUGGCCUCGAGGCACCACCACAGCGUGCCCGGCGUCAAGGGCGAGCUGCAGGAAGCCUGAUCACGGCGCCGUUUCCGCUCUCCGUUUCAUCAGCGCGGAAGGCGACUGCACGUCUGCACCUAGGCCCGGACUGCAGCAAACCACAGGCUACGCCCCGAACGAGGACCUCCGAGCUCCUUUUACUGCAGCGCGUAUGCGCUCUUGCGAUGGCUAUCGGUGGCAGAGAGAUCGCGAGUAAGCGCCGGCCACGCGAAUCGGAUCCUCUGUAGGGUACAGGUUCAAGACUUGAAUAUUGUGCCGAUACUUCCAUACUUGUCUAGAAGAGAAUAAAGUCUGCAGUAUCAGAGUUGCUCACGACCCACAUAUUAUAUAACAUGUACUUGUGCGUUUAAAUUAAUUGUCGUCGGAUUCUGCCAAAUCGAUCGUAUUUUUGUACAAAUCAACAGCGCAGCCUACAGCAGCUAGACGAGACCAGUUUAAAGCAUAGAAUAAUCGUACAUGGACCGCGUAGGGAAUCGGGUCGGGAUGGAAACUUGGUUGCGCGCACUCGAAACAAUCGCGAGGCUUUACACACACACACACACACACACACACGUGCAUCAGUUGCUCCAAGGAUCUCAGUAAAGAUUUGCGCGCGUAGUAUGCCGAUGAACCUUGAAGAUAGACCAAAGCCGAGAGUCGCAAUAAGUUGGGUCUUUCUGCCACUAUAGCCGGUGUACGAGCCGCAAACGCCAACGAGGCUCGGCACGCAAAGGAUGCAGCGCAGCCUGUGCCACCGGAGAGCCGAAGUUUGUCAAAGUGCCAAAGAGAGACGCUCUGCGAGAGCUGAAAGAACAGCUGUGUGUGUGUGUGUGUGUGUGUGUGUGUGUGUGCGCGUGCGUGCGCGCGCGCGCGCCUUCGCGAGUGCUGUGCACGCAGACUGCGGCGUGAAAGAUUGAUCUCGACUGUGCGCUUGUGCGAGAGUGCGAUUUUCAUAGUGGCGGGUUCACUGCCUGGCCCCUGCGAGUGGCUUGAUUACCUAUGCGUUAAUUGAGUUUACUUCUGGUGUUUCGCUCGAAUUCGCACGCGAUGUAAAUAACUCCGUAGUUUUUCCACUCGAUUCGAGUUGACCGUGUACUUUGUAUACGAGUUGCGCGUCAACUUUCCUCUUCUCGCUCCUCGACAAUUCGCGCUCGUAUAAAGCAACGAUGUUCAAUAAAUCCUGUGCAAGAUUUGAAAUUAGCUUCUGCACGUUCUCCAUAUUUUACUUUGCUGUUUCUUUCUUCCUUCAAUAGUAAACUCGUUCUCCGAGUCUUCCUACGCCCCGGUCCGGGUCUCGCGUAAAGAGUCCAAAAGGCGAAAUGGCGCUUUUCCAAUGAAAAUUAUCGGUAGAUAUAUUUCGUUCUUCACAUACACACACACACACACACACACACACGCGCGCGCACGCACUGUAGUAUAAUGUGCGACACUUGUGUAAUGCGGCUUCGUUCAUGAGAGGGAUAAUGUGUAUAAUCGAAUUGAGGAGUUGUUGGCUCGUUUCUUUUUUUACUGUCCAUGCAUCACAGCAGCAGAGGCGCGCGGUUAUGUAAAAACAGCGGAAUUAAAGCUUACGUAAAAGGGCUAUCGGCAUCGUGAAAAUAUAAUUCACGGUCAAUUUUCUCGCGUUUUUAAAUUCAAGAGCUGGGAGCGCGAGCUGUACAGGUAAAAGCUAAUUCGCUCAGAGCAAUUCGAACGAAUAAUAUCUAAUAGCCGCCGAAACAAGUUUUCCACAGUCCAAGUUGAGCGCGCGAAUUUCGCGAGACAUUAAGCGAAUCAGUAGUACGGAAGACUGAUACAUAAAUGGAACUGCAAUAACUCGAUAAAUAUCUAGUCAGAAUAAGCAACACCAAACCCGCCUUUAUGUCCGAACAACGAAUGAUAAAACUAAUAUAACUAUAAUAUAUCGAUUCCUUGUAACCUUUUGUAUAUCUCGACGAUACUUAACCUGUAUAUGCACAUCGACAACUGGCUAUCGUUGCCGAAACAAUGUCAAAGCGAAUUCGAAUCUUAGCGAAAUUAUUAUAUUAACAUAUGAAAUUGUAUUAAAACUAUACAACGAAAGAGUUAUUAUGUUAUUAAUAUUAUGUAUAGCGUGCAUGAUCUCGCCGACUCGAGUCGAGCCCCGCAUGCACUACUACCAUGCGGGGGAGGAUAUGGGGCUAGUUCGUGAAUUUUUUUCGAGCGUAGGCAACUUAACACAUGAAAUACGCGUAUUACGAAUUUGCCCAAAUCAGUUAUAAAGUUGUUUGCGAUGGUGAGUGCGUAAGCUCGUGACGACAAAAUUUUCGUCUUGAGCAAUACUUUGAAGAUAUCAGUGUUAUUGGCGGAAUCGCAUAUCGCAUGUACGCACAUCACUUGCUGCAGACCAGAACUUCCAGAUCAGCCCAAAGUCACGGGACGAGACUUAAAAAUCACGAGCAAAAGUCCGCGCACAUAGGAAAAGAUUGUAAAAUACGAAAUCGAGCCUGCGCACGGAUUAGCCCCACCCACCCUCCCGCAUGCUAUUGCUAUUAUCGUUAUGAUAAAAGUACGAUGAAUUGCGAUUCGCAAUAAUAUAACGAAAAGUUGAUAUUCCUCAUACAAAGUGCGAGUAUAAUCGAAUAAGAUUAUAUUAUGAUUGCCAUGCGAAAAUUAUACUCCAUACGUUAUGUAGGACGCCGCGUUUGAUAAUUUCACCCGUGCCUUGUGAAGCUUUUAGCCCAUUUGCGUCAACUCGGCUCUUUAUUAUAUAAGUAUAGAGUGUAUAUCGCCGUGCACCGGAAAAACUCGAAUCUAUAAUUAUACAUAUAUAGUGUACGUAAUCGUAUAACUGCGCAAGCAUCAUUUUUACCGCCUAUUCGAUAUAUUGAAAAGAAUUAUGGUACGAUACAGCGUGCAUGCGAUUACUAUGCAGAUAUUAUAUAGUUUUUGAAAUCAUCUACGAUUGUUCUAUAAAUUAUAGAGGGAAAAUUCAAUAUAAACCCAUUGUAGUCAUGUUAUUUCUUAUUCGUCGCAAACGUUUAUUUUUAAAUAAAUGAAAAAUUACUUUUUA